CACACGAAAUUUUUGUGUCCGUCAAAUUUUGUUUAAAUCGACAUCCAUCAUUGGCAUCGAUAAAAUAAACUGGAAAGAUGUUGCGAGCUCCCAGAAAAUCGAAGUCCAAGAGUCCAUAUGCCCGUCCUAGCGGUCAAGCUGCUGCAGCCAUCUCCACUGCGGUUAGGACCACGCCACGAACCCAGGCGGCCAUUACACGGACUAGGCCUCAAAGCACUACAGCUACGUCAACCGUUUCGGCGACGGCGACGCUACCUCAGGUUCCUACUUUAACCACCGGUAUUCCUGUUAGCAGCAUGAUGGAACAAGCCUUACAGACCCAGCCAAGUCAGCAGGACGUGGUUAACGAACAGGGGACUGGGAGCACAACUGACCCAGGGGUCAUUUCGAUUAUAGGAUCUUCAAUUGUACAUUGGGCACAUAGCUAUGCAGUCAAAUCUAAUCAGUCAGACCUGGGAUUAGGCCAAACGAAAAUAUUGUGGCAUGGAAUUCGUGGAAUGGUAUGGGAGCAAUUAAACCCAACAUUAGACUUUUUAUUAGUUAGUAACAGAACUCCAGAUAUCAUUAUUAUUCACUGUGGGGGGAACAACAUUGGACAACAGCAUAACACUUUAAGAGGUAUACAAAUGAUGAUAAAGGCUAAUUUAGCAAAGGUAAAAGAACGAUUACCAAAUUGCAUUAUAUUUGGUCUCAUAUCUUGCAACGUAGAAACUGGUCAAAUGUUGUAG